UCUCUGGUCUCCCAGGACGAGGGCUCCUUCCACCUCAAGGACACAGCCAAAGCUCUGCUGAGGAGCCUGGGCAGCCAGGCUGGCCCUGCCCUGGGCUGGAGGGACACUUGGGCCUUCGUGGGAUGCAAAGGAGGUCCUGUCCUUGGGGAGAAACAUUCUAGGUCACCUGCCCUCUCCUCCUGGGGGGACCCAGUCCUGCUGAAGACAGAUGUGCCGCUGAGCUCAGCUGAAGAGGCGGAGUGCCACUGGGCAGACACCGAGCUGAACCGUCGCCGCCGGCGCUUCUGCAGCAAAGUGGAGGGCUAUGGGAGUGUGUGCAGCUGCAAGGACCCCACACCCAUCGAGUUCAGCCCUGACCCACUCCCAGACAACAAGGUCCUCAACGUGCCUGUGGCUGUCAUUGCAGGGAACCGGCCCAAUUACUUGUAUAGGAUGCUGCGCUCUCUACUCUCAGCCCAGGGGGUGUCUCCUCAGAUGAUAACAGUUUUCAUCGAUGGCUACUACGAGGAGCCAAUGGAUGUGGUGGCACUCUUUGGUCUGAGGGGCAUCCAGCACACUCCCAUCAGCAUCAAGAACGCCCGUGUAUCUCAGCACUACAAAGCCAGCCUCACUGCCACUUUCAACCUGUUUCCGGAAGCCAGGUUUGCCGUGGUUCUGGAAGAGGACCUGGACAUUGCUGUGGAUUUUUUCAGUUUCCUGAGCCAGUCCAUCCACCUGCUGGAGGAGGAUGACAGCCUGUAUUGUAUCUCUGCCUGGAAUGACCAGGGAUAUGAACACACGGCUGAGGACCCGGCACUGCUGUACCGUGUGGAGACCAUGCCUGGGCUGGGCUGGGUGCUCAGGAAGUCCUUGUACAAGGAGGAGCUUGAGCCCAAGUGGCCCACACCAGAAAAGCUCUGGGACUGGGACAUGUGGAUGCGGAUGCCCGAACAACGCCGGGGCCGAGAGUGCAUCAUCCCUGAUGUGUCCCGAUCCUACCACUUCGGCAUUGUUGGCCUCAACAUGAACGGCUACUUCCACGAGGCCUACUUCAAGAAGCACAAGUUCAACACGGUUCCAGGUGUCCAGCUCAGGAACGUGGACAGUCUGAAGAAGGAAGCUUAUGAAGUGGAAAUUCACAGGCUGCUCAGUGAGGCUGAGGUUCUGGACCACAGCAAGAACCCUUGUGAAGAUUCUUUCCUGCCAGAUACAGAGGGCCACACCUAUGUGGCCUUCAUCCGAAUGGAGAAAGAUGAUGACUUCACCACCUGGACCCAGCUUGCCAAGUGCCUCCAUAUCUGGGACCUGGAUGUGCGUGGCAACCACCAGGGCCUGUGGAGAUUGUUUCGAAAGAAGAAUCACUUCCUGGUGGUGGGCGUCCCAGCCUCCCCCUACUCGGUGAAGAAGCCACCAUCAAUCACCCCAAUUUUCCUGGAGCCACCCCCAAAGGAAGAGGGAGCCCCGGGAGCCGCAGAACAGACAUGAGACCUCCUCCAGGACCCUGCAGGGCUGGGUACUGUGUACCCCCAGGCAGGCUGGCCCUUCACCCCAUCCUGUAGGAUUUUGUAGACACUGGUAGGGGUUGGGGCUGGCUUGUUUUUAACAUGAGACUUAAUUACUAACUCAAAGGGGAGGCUUCCCCUGCUCCAACACCCCUGUACCUGAGUUGGAGGUCUAUUUAUUUACUUCCCUGUUGGGAAGGGGCAGGAUAGUACCUGGGAAUCUUUGGGGUCCCUGGGCAGCUGAUCCUGCCCUUUGCACACUCCCUCCUCCCAGGCCUGGCUCAGAAUCUAACCUAUUUAUUGACUGUCCUGAGGGCCUUGGGAACAGGCUGAAGCCUGGAGGGCCUUGAUUCCUUUCUCGGCUGGGGUGCUGCCCUGAGGGUGGGGCUGGCUCUUACUCAGGAACCUGCUGUGCCCUGUGCCCAACCCAUGGACAGGCCCACUGGGGCCUCCUGCUGAUGCAGACUCACUCAGAGACCCUCAGACACGGAACCAGGCCUCUUCUCAGCCUCCCCUUUGUCCAGGUUUCCAAAGCUGGAUAAGGUGGUCAUUGAUUAAAAAAGGAGAAAACCUCUGGGGAUGUGUUUUAUGAUUGUGGGGUGGGGGGGUGGUGUGAGAGAGAGAGAGAAAUAGAUAAGUAGGAGAGAGAAUGGUCGUGAGGGUAGUGAGUUUUCUUUACUGUCCUCCACAGGGUUUAGCUUCCAUUUGGGGCCAUUUGGCCACCAGGGGAUGCCCAAGUCUCAAACUCCAAGAUUCUUCUCUAAGCUCCACCUUAGGACAACUGAGCCUGACCUUAGCCCCACCCUACUUGGGGCUGAGCUUAGAGCAGCCACCACAAACCCCCUCCCAACAGAGCUGUUAACCUGCCUAGCUUGUCUGGGCAGGUACCUGUCCCCAAAGGUGGAGCAAGAGAGCAAAAAGAGAUACUUGGGGUGGGGGAGGCGAUGGGAGAGUAGGUGAGUCUAGUGGGGAUAGAAGUGGGUGAGACAGAACCGGGGCGGCAUUAUUCAGGAGGCUGGGACUGGGCUGCAGAUAGAAAGUUAUAGGAGCAAGGAUCUGUGGCCCUCAGGGUACUUUGUAUGCAGAUCACAUACCUAGGCAUUUUUCUGGAGAAAAGCCACCAUUUUUAUCAGAUUCUCACCCAGCCAGUGACCCAAAGAGAGGAGGAAGAUCUAACUUAGAUAGUCGGAGAAGCAUCAGGAAAUGAAGGCGAUUGUCUGGAGGUAGUGGAUGAGAAAGCCUAAGGCAAGGGGCAGGACAUUUAAGGGAUCUGCCCAGGACUUAGGAUCAGGGAGGUGAGUGUAGAACACACCUCCUGAGAACUAGUCAGCCUGCAGAGUCCUUUCAAGGUGAGCCUGGGGAGUUCCUUAUAGAGAGCUUGGCCAGGGGGGCAGGAACUGACUAGAACUCCUGCCCUUUCACCAGCUAUACCCCUUCCUCCCCUACCGGUGCCUGGAGCCCAGCUCCCCGAUAGGACAGGUGGCACACGCGGUGUGCUGCUUGGACCGUUUCUCACCACCCUGACGCCUUCAGUGUUUGCUGGAGAUAGAGAUAGUGCUUGAGGUGCUAUGACAACCAGGUUGAGGGGAAGUGAGCCCAUGACUAGGUGGAGACGAGGUGGAGGUCCGCCCUGGGCAAACAAACGCCCUACAGCCUCUGUGUACGCACCUGGUGUGCGAGAGAUGGUCAGGUGGUGAAGGGGGGAGAGGGACUAGUGGAGACUUGCUCUCCCUGUCCCCCACCCCACCCCUCGCAGGCUUGUGAGCUAGGUCUCAGAUUAGCUCUCGGGCACCGUGUGGCUCUGGCCAGGUUGUUGUUCCUUCUUGGGCUCAGCAAGGGGUAAUAAACAGUUCUGGGCUGCCCUAGAAAAGCCAGGGAGGAAGGACCAGGGGUCAAAGGGAAGCAAGGGGGAAGACGGUCUGUCAGGCUGGGUUUUGUUGGCCAUAGCCUCCCUCGCUAGUGCUGUCCUGGUUCAGCAGCAAUCAGAUCUGUCUGGGAUCUUCUGGCCUUCAAGUGAAUCUGACUCCAUGCCAGCCAGGACCGCACCAGGUUCUGGAGUCAGACAGCCUGGGCCCAAAUCAAGGCUCAGCCCUUCAGGGAAGGUUGUGGGUGUAGAACAAGUCACUUGGCCUUUCUAGGCCCAGUUUCUGGAGCUUGGGGGUGGUUAAGAUUAAAUAAGAGAUGAGAUCUGUAGAGUCCCAGAGACAAACCAAGACCAAAAAUAAAGUUCUUUCUAAAAUA